CUGGCAACUCUGCGAACAGCUGUUUUAGCCGCAUUUCGAUUUUGUAACAGUUUGGAAAAUUUUAGUGCGGAACUAUUUUUUUCAAACCAAGUGGCAAAAUGCAAAGUCUCACGCGUCUGCUAAACACGACAUUAACCCUGCAAACGCCGCCACGGAUGGGGGCAGUGGGUGUCGCUUUACAGCAGUUGCGCGGUAAAACCAAAGUAGUUGAGAAACCACAACCCGGAGCCGGGCAGCAAUUCCGGCGGACUGUGCACUUUCCGGAAGAAUACACAGUAGAGCCGCUUAAGAUUACCCAUUUGGCAGGCCGGGACCCAGUCUCCGGCCGCCUUGUGGCCAAGGGCAUCGGCGGAGGCAUAAAACAGCAGUACCGGUGGGUCAAAUGGGUGCGAGAUGGACCCGCUGAAGGCGCCGCCCAGGAAGAACUGGUGCUCGAGGUGCUCCGCGAUGGUUGUCGUACUGCCAAAGUAGCCCUUGUGGCCGUCGGUGAUGAGCUCAAGUACAUCCUAGCCACCGAGAACAUGAAGGCGGGCGAUAUUCUUAAGACCUCGCGAGUGAUUCCUAGGAUUCCGGUUCGUCCGAAUGAUGGCGAUGCCUAUCCACUGGGAGCUCUACCCGUGGGCACUCGCAUCCACUGCUUGGAGAAGAACCCCGGCCAGAUGUGCCAUUUGAUACACGCCGCAGGCACCUUCGGCACUAUCCUGCGUAAAUUCGACGACAAGGUGGUGGUGCAGCUGCCCUCCAAACGAGAGUUCGCCUUCCAGCGGACCUGCAUGGCCACCGUUGGUCGGCUGUCCAAUCCGGAUCACAACAAGGAGCACGUGGGCAGUGUCCAGCGCAUGCGGGAGAUGGGCAAUCGUCCGCGUUCUGGUCUGUGGAAGCGCAAAGAGGGAAAGCACGGCCGGAAGAUUCGUCGCUUGCCGCCCAUGACCACAAUAUCGCCGCCGGCGCCCCCAAACCGGAGGCGAUCAAGUUGACGCUGCCCCUGUGAGGAUCUUUCUUUAAUUUCUAUGUGUCACACAAUAUACAACUAGAACUAGAUCUAAAGCUAGA